AUGCGACUGAAACAAUUCAAGUAUCCUCGAAUUGCAAGCGCCUGCCAGGACAUGAGGCAAUACGCGAUGGACAGAUACCGAAUCAUAUGUGUCAAUUACUCAAUAUACCCAAAGCGUGAUCCGCCAUUGUGGCCCAAGAAAGACGUCUCUCAGCUCGGGUUUUUCGACCCACGUAGGGACUCCCUCAGCUUCCCCAUUCAUUAUCCAAUUCCAAGCGGAUUGCACGUACCGGUAUAUGCAGUGACAGGCCCAUCGCGAGUCAAGCAGUACCGCCCCGUGGCAAAAGAGCAAUGUAUUGAUCUUGAAAUUGAGGUUAUCUGGGCGCCAGAAUCUGAAGCACGGCUGAAGGUCCUGUUUGGAUUCAUGACAAAGAAUGAAAAAGACGAGUUCAUUUACAUGGAGGAGCGCGGUGAAUAG